AUGCCUCAACGCAAGGAGCCAAUUGCCAUCAUUGGCAGUGCCUGCAACUUUCCCGGCAAUGCCACCACUCCAUCAAAACUAUGGGAACUGCUGAAGGAGCCUUAUGAUCUCUCGAAGCCUGUUCCUCAAAAUCGCUUCAAUGCUGAUGUUUGGUACCACAAAGAUAACGCGCAUCAUGGUACUAGCAACGUCACCAAAUCCUAUUUCCUCGAGGCAGACCCUGCUGCCUUUGACGCGACCUUCUUCAACAUUCCUCCAAACGAAUGCGAGGCUAUCGACCCACAGCAGCGUAUGCUCCUUGAAACGGUUUACGAAUCCUUGUGCGCAGCUGGUGUUACCAUGGAGAGUCUCCGUGGGUCUUCUACUGCUUGCUAUGUUGGGCUCAUGUGUGACGACUGGGCUGGCAUGCUGGCUAAGGACUGGGACUGUUUACCGCAGUAUGCUGCAACCGGGAUAUCCCGUGCCAUUAUGGCUAACCGUAUCUCCUACUUCUUCGAUUGGCAUGGCCCGUCCAUGACCAUAGAUACUGCCUGCUCGUCUUCAUUGGUAGCUGUCCAUGAAGCCGUUCAGGUCCUCAGAAGUGGCGACUGCAAUGUCGCAAUUGCUUGUGGAGCCAAUUUGAUCCUUACCCCUGGCAUGUAUAUUGCGGAAAGUAAGCUGAAAAUGCUUUCUCCAGAUGGAAAGUCACGGAUGUGGGAUCAAGGUGCCAACGGCUACGCGAGAGGUGAAGGCCUUGCGGCUGUGGUUCUGAAGACCCUGAGCCAGGCUAUCAAGGAUGGAGAUCGUAUUGAGUGUGUGAUCCGGGAGACUGCCUUCAACCAGGAUGGCCGCACCACUGGUAUAACUAUGCCGAGCAACCUUGCUCAGACUGCUUUGAUUAGAGAAACAUACAAAAAGGCUGGCCUUGACCCCCUAGAUCCAAACGACCAGCCUCAGUUUUUCCAUGCCCAUGGAACUGGUACUCCUGCCGGGGACCCACAAGAAGCCGAAGCAAUUAGCCGAGCGUUCUUCAAUGAUGAGCAAACCGCUGAAAAGAGGCUCUGGGUUGGGUCUAUAAAAACCAUCAUUGGCCAUACUGAAGGCACUGCAGGUCUUGCCAGUCUUAUUGGUACCUCUCUUGCACUACAAAACAAGACUAUUCCGCCAAACCUGCACCUUAACCAAAUUGCCGAGAAGGUCAAACCUUUCUACACGAAUCUUCAAGUUCCAACGACAAGCCACAAGUGGCCAUCCCCCCCAGCUGGCCAGCCAAUGCGUGCCUCCGUGAACAGCUUUGGUUUUGGUGGUGCUAAUUCCCACGCAAUUCUUGAGAGUUAUGAACCGAUUGAGUCACACAUGCCUUGCGGCAACACUCCCCUAUUCACCCCCCUCACUUUCUCAGCACACUCAGAGAAGAGCCUUCGAGGGAUCCUUGAUGCAUUCUCCGAAUUUUUGAGCCUAGAAAACUCUCCUGAUGUUAGUGACAUUGCCUGGACUCUGCAAAAGCGGCGCUCAGCGCUGGCAUAUAAGAUCGCUAUCUCUGGCCGAACAACACCCGACAUCGUUGCCGCCAUCGAUACAGCUCGUAACCAAAAGGAGAGUCUGGGUGUUCGAUCUUCAGGCCCUGAGAAACUGACGGUGCUUGGAGUCUUCACCGGUCAAGGAGCUCAGUGGCCAACCAUGGGCAGCGAACUUAUCAAAGCCUCCGCUCAUGUUCGAAACAUUAUCGCCGAUCUCGACCGAUCUCUUCAAGAGCUCCCUGAAGCGGAUCGACCAAGCUGGUCCAUCCGAGGGGAGCUUGAGGCUGAUAAGCGAUCUUCUCGCCUUGCUGAAGCUGCCCUUUCUCAACCACUCUGCACUGCCGUUCAAAUUGUCUUGGUAGAUCUACUUAGAGCUGCUGGCACCAAUUUGGAAUUCAAGGCUGUGAUCGGGCACUCUUCUGGUGAGAUUGCCGCUGCCUAUGCUUCUGGGUUUAUCUCCGCUCGAGACGCUAUCCGCGUUGCUUACUACCGCGGUCUGUACGCCAAAUUCGCUGGUUCUUCUUCUGGAAAGAAAGGAGCAAUGAUGGCAGUUGGUACAACUCUUGAAGAUGCUGAAGAAUUUUGCCAGCUUGAGGAGUUUCACGGCCGUAUUACUGUUGCAGCAAGUAAUGCUGCCACCAGUGUGACCCUCUCAGGAGACGAGGAUGCAAUUGAUGCAGCUCUAGUGGUGUUCAAGGACGAGUCUAAGUUUGUUCGCAAGCUCAGAGUGGAUACCGCCUACCACUCCUUCCACAUGAAUGCAUGCUCUGGAAUGUAUUUAAAAGCAAUGGAUACCUGUGCCAUUGAGUUUAAAGCUGGAAACCCGUCCAUCUCGUGGUACUCUUCAGUCAUCCCCGAUACAAAGAUGACCUACGCCAACCUCAACGGCCAAUAUUGGGCUGACAACAUGAAUAAUACUGUUCUGUUUUCACAGGCUGGGAUUACUUCUGUGAAGGAGUCAGGCCCAUUUGACUUGGUUAUUGAAAUUGGACCCCAUCCCGCGUUGAGGGGACCAUGCUUGGAAAACUUGGAGCAAGCUACUAGCGUAGGUGGUACACCUUAUACUGGCCUCUUGUCGCGCGGUGUCGAUGAUGUCAAGGCAUUCUCCGCUGCUCUCGGCUACAUCUGGGAGUAUUUUGGCUCAUCUGCUGUCGACUUUGAAGGGUAUGAUAACGUGAUGUCUUCUGGUGCUCAACGCAAUAAUUUGUCAGGAGAACUUCCUGGAUAUUCCUGGGAUCACUCAAGGAGCUACUGGCUCGAUUCCCGGGUAGCUACUUCCUAUACUACUCGUGAGGCUCCACAUCCGAUGCUGGGUGUAAACGUUGUUGAAGGCACCACAGAAACGCAGAUCCAGUGGAGAAAUAUCCUUUUCCCCAAAGAAAUCACUUGGAUAUCCGGUCACCGAUUGCAGGGCCAGAAUGUCUUCCCUGCGUCUGGAUAUGUGUGUAUGGCGAUUGAGGCUAUAAUGACCCUUGCGAGCAACCGGGACGUGCAGCUAAUUGAAUUGGAGGAUGUUGACAUUGCUCGUGCUAUUUCGUUUCUCGAUGAUACUACUGGGAUAGAGCUUAUCUUUACCCUUAAUGUCUUGUCAUCCGAUCAUGAUUCUGUCAGCGCUAGCUUUCAGAUAUCAUCAUGCCCCAAGGGCGAUAACAUACUAACUUUGAACGGAAAAGGCAAGAUAUCUCUUAGUUUCGGUGUCCCCGUUGCUAACGCGCUUUCGGCUUCCCAGAUGCCUCAAUUCAACAUGACAAGCGUUGAUAUUGAUCGAUUUUACAAGUAUCUAUCAGACAUGGGCUAUAACUAUUCUCCGCCAUUCAAGGCAAUCAGUUCCAUCCUUCGCAGGAAGGAUGCUGCAGUUGGAGAAAUCACUGAUGCUCGCGGUGAAGCAUGGGAAGACAAUUUUCUUAUGCACCCUGGUUUUGUUGAUACCAGUUUUCAAGCCGUCUUUGCUGCAUUCAGCUCGCCCGGAGAUGACCGGCUCUGGUCUAUCCAUGUUCCUACUAAAAUCAACCGGCUAUCAAUCAACCCAUCAUUAGCAGUGUUUCCCCCAGGCGAAGAAGUCGUUUGGCCUUGGCAAGCUGCCGUAACCAGUGGAACACAUGAUACCCCUACUGCUGACAUUGAAGUUUUUGCCCCCAAUAAAAAUGGAGUUCUCAUGGAAAUUGAAGGCAUUGUCCUCGUUCCACUGGCCAAGGCUUCAGGGGAGAACGAUGUUAAACUAUUCUCCAAUCUUAUCUACGAUCUAGCUCAACCAGACGGUGCUAUUGCCUCUCCCCAUCGUUUACCCGAGUCUGACGCUCAUAUUGCGAGGGUUUCUGAGCGAUUCUCUUUCUACUGGAUCAACCAGCUACUGAAUACCAUCACCACUAAAGAAGAGGAGGAAACUCUUUCACACUUUAAACAUAUGCUUAGGUGGUAUCGUGCUGAUAUUGGUAUUCUCAGAGCCGUUGGCCAAAAUAUUGCUCAUGUUAUUCGUAUUCGUGGAAAUAUUCACGAAUAUGCAUUGAAGGAUAACAUCCUGGAUCGGUUCUAUGAGGAGGCUAUUGGCCUAGAUAUCACCAACCAGUGGGAAGCAAACCUCGCUGCUCAAAUUGCUUACCGAUAUCCACGAAUGAAUAUUAUCGAGAUCGGUGCCGGUACGGGCGGAUCGACUAGAAUGAUUCUCCCUACUCUAGGAAAGGCCUUUUCAACUUACACGUUCACGGAUAUCUCUUCUGGGUUCUUCGAGGCGGCAGAGAAGAGAUUUAGCCAAUAUGCAGAUCGUAUGAUUUUCAAAACGCUUGACAUGGAAAAGGAUCUCAGCGAACAGGGGUUUACCGAAGGUCAUUAUGAUAUGGUUCUUGCUUCGAACGUUCUACAUGUUGGCCCUGAUAUUGAUUUGACUUUGUCGAAUGUGCGCAAACUUGUGAAACCAGGUGGUUGGUUAAUCAAUAUGGAGGUGGCUACAUACUUCCCAAGUUUACGAGAGGGUUUUUCGAUGUCUGGCUUCCCAGGUUGGUGGUGUGGUGCCGAAACAGGUCGUCCAUGGGGCCCAACAAUAACCGUGGAGGAAUGGGAUAAAGUGUACAGACGAACCGGAUGGUCCGGUGUUGAUACCUUCACUCCCAACAUUGACUCUAUAGACCACUUGGUUGUUAUGGUGACCCAGGCCGUGGAUUCCCAAAUCUACACUCUUAGAGAUCCUCUCUCCCCCGAACACGCUCAUUCACAACGUGAAAACCUCGUUAUUAUAGGUGGAAGUACUGAUGAAGUUACCAGUAUCGUUACAGAAUGUACGAAUAUCCUACGGCCGCAUUUCAGUUCGAUCUCAAACGUAAUUUCAAUUGAUGAUUUUAGCAACAGCGAGAGUGACGCGGUUGCUACAGUCCUAAAUUUGGCUGAGCUAGAUGUACCAAUUAUGAAAGAGCUCAUGGAUAACCAACCCCAGAAGCUUGAUGGCAUUAAGGAGAUAUUUUCAACCCCCAGGGAGAUUCUCUGGGUGACCAAAGGCAACAGAUCGGAGAGCCCAUUCUCCCGCAUGUUGGUCGGCAUGGCGCGCACCCUGCGCAGAGAGUAUUCUGGAAUUAACUUUCAGUCACUAGACGUUGAUGUACUGGAUUCAAACUCUGCCAAGCUCUUUGCGGAGACAUUACUACGACACCUCAAUCUCAAUGAAGCAAACAGUCGGCUUGUUCCAGGAUCCAUUCUAUGGAGUGAUGAAUCCGAGUAUCAUCUAGAGAAUAACAAGAUUUAUACCCCAAGACUUAUAUCUGCUGAUAAGCUGAAUGACCGAUACAAUUCUAAUAAGCGCCGUAUUACCCACGAAGUUCCUACCAAUUCAUCCAGUAUUGAAUUAGCCAUCAAGGGAGACUCAUACGACCUUUUCGAACCAUCUCCUCUUAAACCUACCGCCGGGUCUGAUGGUGAUACCGAAAUUACUGUCAUGAAGUCCCUACUUCAAUCUGUGGAAGUCCCUUUGGUAGGACACUUCUUCUUGUGCCAUGGCAAGGAUAACUUUGGUGAAAGUGUCAUCGCUCUCUCGGAUCAGAGCAAGUCUGUGGUUCAUAUUCCAAAGCCGUGGACCAUACCGUACAGUGGGGAGGCCAAUCCAACACAAGUUCUUCUUUCAAUUGCUAGUAAUCUCGUUGCGCAUCAGAUCAUCGAGGAUGCCACAACGAAGAGUACUAUUUUAGUCCAUGAACCUGACCAAAUUGUAGCUGCUGCCAUUAGCAAACAAGCAGCGUCGAAAAAGAUUCGGGCUUUCUUCACUACUACUCAAACUUCAAAGAAGGGGCCACAGUGGACUUAUAUUCAUCCCAAAACCCCUCGCCGUUUGCUGAGAAAGCAGCUGCCCAAAGGGAUAUCCCUUUUUAUCAAUUUUUCCAAUUUCUCGGACGAGCAGGCUAUAUCUAACCUCGUGGAGUGCCUGCCCGUUUGCUGCAAACAAUCAAACAAAUAUAUGUUUUUCGGAAACGGUGUUGCAAAACGCCUAGGCUCUGAUGUUGAGCUUGUCUCCAAAUAUUUAUCUACAGGCUUUGAAAUUUCUAAAACUGCUAACUUCAUGGUGCCUGACAAUAGGUCCACUUUGCCUUUGAAUAAGGUUCCUGGGUAUUCUGAUAAAUAUAAACACCUAUCAGUAGUUGACUGGGCGGUCGAUAUCCAAAUUCCGCUUACCGUUGAACCUAUCGACCCUUAUGCCAACCUUUUCAGUGCAGAAAAGACAUACCUCAUGGUUGGUUUGUCUGGGGAAAUGGGCCAGUCUCUCGCAGAAUGGAUGAUAAGCCGAGGGGCGAGAUAUGUUGUUCUUACCAGCAGAAGGCCUAAGGUAAAUGCUGAGUGGAUUGAAAGUAUGGGAGAUGAAUACGGGGCAACCAUAAAGCAAAUGCCGCUGGAUAUUACGGACGCGGAUGCUCUCCAAGCUUGUUAUAACAAAAUCUGUCGCACGAUGCCUCCAAUUGGCGGAGUUGCACAUGGAGCUAUGGUUUUGGUUGACAGCCUCUUUCAGAAGAUGAGUUAUGACGACCUUAUGGCAGCUCUAAAGCCAAAGGUCCUUGGAGCAAUCAACCUGGACACCCUUUUCUCGGAGAAUACCCUUGACUUUUUUAUUUUGUUCUCUUCUAUUACAGCCCUUAUUGGCAACGCUGGUCAGAGUAACUAUAUAGGUGCCAACAGUUUCAUGGAAUCUCUAGGCUUGCAGCGUCGUCGUAAGGGUCUUGCCGCAUCCGUCAUCGCCAUUUCGUCUCUUAUUGGCCUUGGCUAUUUUGAGCGCGCCGAAGAUCUGGAUAUUGACCAAUUUUCUCGAUCUGGAUACAGAAAUGUUUCUGAACAGGACAUUCACACCUUGUUUGCAGAGGCAAUCGUUAGAGGGAGACCAGGGACGACAGAAAGCCAUGAAGUCGUCUCCGGUGUUGUUCCUACAUAUGCUGAUGGAGAUAUCAGAGCAUCCUACCUAAAAGAUAGCAAGUUCUCCCACUUGAUUUUGGAACGUACUUCAGCCAAACAGGAUGGAACUUCCUCUACCCAUAUUCCCGUCAGAAUUCAGCUUCUUACGGCGACAGCAGAGGAAGAAGUUUGCGCUAUCAUGCAAUCUGGGUUUACACGAAGAAUCAAGAAGAUGUUACGUAUCCCGGAAGAGGAUGACUUUAACGCAACAGCUUCACUUGUAGAGCAGGGGGUCGACUCAUUAGUUGCAGUUGAGAUUCGAACCUGGUUUAUCCGAGAAGUUGAUAUCGACAUGCCAGUUCUCAAAGUCCUAGGUGGAUCAUCUGUCUCUGAUUUGAUAAAUGAUGCCAUGCUGCGGAUAUCCCCCGACCUUACCCCUAACCUAGGAGCUGAAAGGGCUGAAAUCGAAGCUAAUAGCAAACCUGCACUACCCGAAGAGACUCCCGGCCCUUCUAAACCAGUAAUGGUGCAUAAGUCAGCUUCGACUACGCAAGAGGCUGAACCCAAUUCCGAAAUUAUAAAUGUCAAUCCAGCAGCAAUAUCUAUUCCUGCUAUUACCACAACUACGAAAUCAGCCAUACAACUAUCAACUGAAGUCAAGGACAUCAAGUCUGACCGGCAAAGCGUCGACAGCUUAGCUAAAUCAGAAGUCACCGAAAUGAUGUCCUUUGGGCAAUCGCGGUUUUGGUUCCUUAAUCAAGCCCUCCAGGAUAAAACGACAUUCAACAUGGCAAUAUUCGUCAGGCUUAGUGGUCGUAUUCGUGUUGAAGACAUGGAAAGAGCCUUGGAAGCUGUGGUUUUAAGGCAUGAUGCCCUUCGCACAAGAUACUUUUCAACUGGUGAAUAUAUGGAAACUCCAAUGCAGGGGGUUAUUCCAACGUCUGCAGUCAAACUUGUUGUCAAGCAUUGUAAGGAUGAAUCCGGUGCUUACAGAGAACUUGAUGAAAUCAGAUCCCAUGUAUGGGACCUAAAUAGUUGGGAAACCAUGAAAGUAUCUCUGCUUUCUUCCUCUGAAACGAUGCAUUACCUUGUCAUUGGAUGUCACCACAUUGGAAUGGACGGAUUCAGCUUCAACAUUUUCUAUCGUGACCUUGAAAUGGCAUACGAAGGGCGGAAGCUUCCUGCUAUUCCUAAAUCUGCACAGUAUGGAGCGUUUGCACGAAAGCAACGUGAAGAUUGGGAUAAUGGUAAUAUGAAUGCGGAUCUCACAUAUUACCGUGAAAUCAUUCCUACAAACCCCAACCCUAUCCCCCUAUUUCCAUUUGCCAAAUCCAGCACACGAUUGCCCCUGGAUGUCUAUGGUACCCAUAGCGCAGACGUUCGCCUUGAGCCAGCACUGACAAGGAAAAUAAAAGCUGCUUCCCGAUCUCUCAGCUCGACAACAUUCCAUUUCUAUCUUGCAGUUCUCCAGGCUCUUAUCUUUCGUCAAUUAGACGAUUGUGAUGAAUUUUUCAUCGGAGUUGCAGACGCAAAUAGGACAGAUGACAAAUUUAUCAACACCCUUGGGUUCCUUCUCAACCUCCUUCCAGUACGUUUCGAACGCUAUGCUGCAGAGAAUUUUGGAGACGCUGUACAACAGGUCCGAAACAAAGUGUAUAAAGGACUGGCUCAUUCUAAGUUACCUUUUGACAUACUUCUGGAUGAGUUAAAAGUCCCUCGGUCAGCCACUUCCACUCCCAUCUUCCAGAUUUUCGUGGACUACAGACAAGGUAUCGAAGAGAAACGGAAGUACAUGGGUCUUGAUGCUGUAGGUGAAAAGUGGCAGCUUGCAAGGACUGGCUAUGACAUGACUCUCGAUAUUGUUGAGAAUGCUACUGGUGAAACCCGCCUUGAACUACGGCUUCAGAAAUGUCUAUACACGGCAAAACAUACCAAACUUUUGUUAAAAGGUUAUGUGAACCUCUUGAUGGCCUUUACUAAUAACCCAGCUGUAAACUGGAAUGCACCGGAUGUUUGGGAUAGUAAGACAAUUAAUGAUGCAAUUGAAGUCGGCCGCGGUCCUUCACUGCAAUACGAAUGGGCCCCUACGGUAAUGCAUCAUAUUGAUGAUGUAGUGUCUCAACAUGGCACCAAUAUCUGUCUCAAGGAUGGAACUGGAAAGAUCAUGACUUAUUCACAGAUGGCACGCCGUGUCAACUCUAUUUGCUCCGCCUUGGCUACAGCUAAUGUUACUGAGGGUGACAAGGUGGCUGUCUUCCAACAGCCCACUGCCGACUGGGUUUGCUCACUGCUUGCCAUAUUCCGUGCUGGAGCUGUUUAUGUUCCUCUUGAUCUCCGAACUCCCUUCCCUCGUCUUGCUGCGAUUGUCAAUCAAAUUAGGCCUCAAGCGAUUCUUGCUCAUAGCCAAACGCUCGGAGAUGUGGAACACAUUAAUACUUUAGCCUCCACAGUCGUGGAUAUAAGCAAUCUACCUACCAACAGCCCAUUCAUGCCGAACUUUGCCAAACCUGGCGCACCCGCGGUUAUUCUGUUCACUAGUGGCUCAACAGGGAUCCCCAAAGGUAUCCAUAUCAAUCACAGCAACAUCGUGAAACAGCUAGAAGGCUGCUCCAAACAAUUUGAUUUAAAGAGCUCUGCCUCUUAUGUCCUUCACCAAACUGCAUACUCCUUCGAAAAAUCACUCGAACAGAUUUUUACCGCAUUAGUACAUGGUGGUGCUCUCUAUGUCGUUCCGGCAGAGCAGCGUGGUGACCCUAUAUCAAUCACCAAUAUCAUGGCCUUAGAAGGGAUAACCCAUACUGCUACUACACCGUCAGAAUAUCUAAUGUGGUUCCGUUACGCAAGAGACAAUCUCCUGAAAUGCAAAUCUUGGAAGUGUGCACUUCUUGGGGGGGAAGUUGCUUCAGAUGCUGUCCUUGAAGAAUUCCGAAAGCUGGGGAUGCCGAUCAGACUCCUUGACAGCUAUGGCCCCGCUGAAAUCACGAUGUCCUGUGCUAAGGUUGAGUUGCCAUAUCGUUCCAUGGUGAUCGGUACACAAGCACCAGUAGGCUUCAUGUUGCCUAAUUACUCCGUCGCUAUCGUGGACCCUAAGAUGAACACCCUCCCUCUCGGCUUCGCUGGUGAGAUUGUUAUUGGAGGUGUAGGCGUGGCCGGGGGUUACUUGAACAAUGAUGAACUAACUAGACAAAAGUUCAUUCCAAACAAUUUUGGGGGAGAAGGAAUGGUGUACCGUACUGGAGACAAGGGCCGUCUUACCGAAGAAGGGGCUCUUUUCUUUGAGGGCCGAAUAGAUGGUGAUACCCAGAUCAAGUUACGGGGUGUCCGUAUCGAACUUGAAGACAUUGAAAGUACCAUACUUCAAGCUUCGACGGGUGCUCUUACCCAUGCUGUUGUUACCGUGCGUGGAGAACAAGACUCUGCCAUCUUGGUAGCACACGUUGUGUUCUCCACAGCACAUACAGAAUAUCGCGACGAAUUGCUUGCCCGACUCCCAAAGAUCCUACCACUACCGCAGUAUAUGGUUCCUACUAUCUUUGUUGCCUUAGACAAUGUUCUAUUCACGGCUCAUUUCAAGGUCGACCGAAAAGCUGUGCAGGCUCUCCCGAUCCCUGAGGCAGAAAAGAAGUCAACAGAGGGGCUAACUGAACAGACGGAAACUGAAUCCCAUCUUGCUGGGCUUUGGAACCAGAUAAUUCCAGCAGCCCACUCGUUAACACCCAGCGCCGACUUCUUCCAUGCUGGAGGUAAUUCUCUAAUGCUUGUUAAACUGCAAGCAAUGAUACGCCAGAGCUUCAGCGUUAGCAUCCGGCUCUUUGAUAUAAUGAAUGCGGGAACCCUCCAAAACAUGGCUCGCUUAAUCGAUGACGCCCUUGGGGUCAAGAAGCUGGACUGGACUGCCGAAACUAAUCUUCCAACGCUACCUAAGUCCAACGCCGAUGUCUCAUCUCCGAAACAGAAAGAUAUGGUGGUUAUGAUGACUGGAGCUACUGGUGUUCUUGGUAGAAAUGUUCUUGCCCAUUUGGUUGCGGAUGACCGCAUUUCCAAAAUAUAUACAUUGGCUGUACGCCCGCAAAGCGAUAUCUCAACCUUGACUCGCAUUCCUGAUCCUAAGGGGAAGAUGGUCAUUAAGCAUGGUAACCUCGACAAGGCUCGUCUUGGUCUAUCUGAAAAAGAGGCGACGCUCCUUUCAAGCCAAGUCGAUGUGAUCCUACACCUUGGUGCCAACCGUUCAUUCUGGGAUUCUUAUUACCAUCUCCGUGCUACAAAUGUCUCUAGCGUCAAAGAAAUUGUGAAGAUUGCAUACCCACGCAAGGUCCCUAUUCACUUCUGUUCAUCGGGAGGAGUUACUAUGUACUCAGGAGGCUUUCCACCUGGCAAUGGACAUGAUGGAUACGUUGCCUCUAAGUGGGCAGCAGAAAAAGUGCUUGCCAGUGCCACGCAAGAGCUCGACCUGAGAGUUGUCUUACAUCGCCCGGCGAAGGCCUUUGGGGCCACAACUAAUGUUCCAGAUGAGAUCUUAAAUGAACUCCUUUCUCUUGCCAGACUGUCUCAGAGAAAACCAGAUCUAGAUGGUCUGACUGGCAGUAUAGGCAUAGUUCCUCUCGAGCGUAUUGCUGGAGACAUCGUGAGGUCUCUAUUUGACAAGGCCAUCAAUCUAAGCCAUCCGGAAGUCCUGACGCACUCCAAUGCUCUCAACGUCAGCAUCAAGGACUUCGCUGAUAAGAUAACACAAGACGAAGCUGUGUCCAAGCUGGAGGGUAUGCCGGCCCUGAAAUGGAUGGGAUUGGCUAAAAAGAUGGGAUGGAGCCAGUUCAUGGUUGGUCAUGAAAUCUCGAUGACCAACUCCAAGGACCACAUUGUGUCUACUCGAUAG